GAGGCCUGCAGGUGAGACCUGGAUUCAUCUCCCCACCACUGGAGGAGAAGAAGAGAAAAAACUCAAUGUUGCAUGUUGGGAAUAGCAAGACAUGUCUCAAGACUUUUAGGGUUUGUGGAUUUUUCCGCUGCUGACACAAUCUGGACUCGCCUCAGAAUCAUCUGAAGGGAGUGCAGACCUCCCCCUCAUCGAGGAGACAGACAUCGAUCAGUGUCCAGAGGGAAAAUACUUCUCACACCUGCUCUGUUUGGAGUGUCCCUCUGGUCAUUUUUGUCCUGGCAAUGUAUCUGCACCUCAUAGAUGUCCAGUAGGAACAUUCAACCUCUACACGGGGAAAAGCAGCAUCAGUGACUGCAAGCCUUGUUUUCCAGGUCUCAUUAGUUCAGAAGACAGAGUGGACUGUAGGCUGUGUCCUGCAGGUUUCUCAUGUGAUCCAGCCGAGGGGACGCUCUCUUUAUGCCCCCCAGGACAACAUUCACCUGAGGGGGUCCUACAGUGUCUGACGUGCCCUGUAGAUUCUUUCUGCACCUCUGGGUUUCCUAUUAAGUGUGGGCCUGGCAAAGAGCCCAACGUAGAUCACGACGCGUGUAAUGACUGUCCCCCGGGCUCCUACUCCACUAUGUGCACUAUCCAGUGCGUGCAGUGUCCAGCAGGAAGUUACUGUCCAGAUAGUGGGAUGUUUCAGCCGCUCCCCUGUCCUCCUAGUUGGUCUUCUACACCUGGGCAGACUCAGUGUCAUAGCUGUAAUGAGACGUCUUUGCUGUGUGGGGGAGCUGCUGUGGCCCCCCGCUGGAGCCAGCCAGCCCACAGGGCCAGUCAAACGAUCAGCUGUCGACCAGGAACAUACAAAGACACGAGGGAAGAGUUAGUAUGUGUGGUCUGUCCAAUAGGUCAUUACUGUGUGGGAGGUGUGGCUGUACCCUGUCCUGCUGGGACUUACGGCACUGAAGAAGGCCUGCAGAGGCUGAGAGACUGCACAAUCUGUCCUGCAGGGUUUUACUGUCUGGAAGGCAGCUCACGGAGACCCACCUCCCAGUUCCUGUGCCCACAGGGCUAUUACUGUGAAGAGGGCAUCGCCACCCCGCAUGGGUCACCUUGCCCUGCUGGUACAGCGGGGGAACAACUGGGUCAGACAAGUAGGGCAGCAUGCAAGAGAUGUAGAGAAGGACGCUUCUGUCCUGCAGGCUCAUCGGGUCCUGGCUUGCCCUGUGCUCGGGGGAGAUACUGUCCUGCUGGCACCUUGGAAGAAGUGAUAUGUCCUCUAGGCACCUUCACACCUCAUCAAGGAGCAAUAAGUGUGAAGGACUGUCUCAAAUGCCCGGUUGGUUUUUACUGUCCUGAGGGGAGGAGCGACCCGGCGUCCUGUCCACCAGGCUCUUUUAACCCCUUAGAAGGCCAGGAUGAGUUGGCUGAUUGCAGGGAGUGCUAUGCAGGGAAGGCCUGCACACAGGUAGCUCUGAGAGCCCCCGAUGUGGACUGCAUGCAAGGGUUUGUGUGUCCCCCUGGUUCCUCUAAACCCAAUGCACCAACCAACGCCUGCCCACCAGGGACACUGAGCAAUCGCACUGACCUCACUGACCGCUCACAGUGUCAGCAGUGCCCAGCCCGAUAUGCCUGUCUUCGAGGAACUGGUGGUAGCCAGAGGCCUGCACUCUCCUGCUUUGCAGGGCAUUAUUGUCCCCCUGGAUCUAUGUUCCCCACCCAGUACAAGUGUCCUGUGGGGACAUGGAGUGGUACCAGUGGAUUGAAGGCUGAAAGUGAGUGCCGUCCGUGCCCACAGGGCUGGUACUGUUUGGCUGGAUCUGGAGCUCCGUCAGGUCGAUGCAGCUCUGGACACUACUGUCCUGAAGGGACUGCAUAUGGCACCCAGUUUCCUUGCCCGGCGGGCACCUACACCAUCCGAAUGGGCAACAGAUACAGAGAAGACUGCCUGAUUUGUCCUGAAGGCUCUUUCUGUCAAAAGGGCACCUCCAAACCUUCACCCUGCCCACUCUCCACAUUUCGCCAUCUGAAAGGAGGUCGGAGGCUUGAGGACUGCUCUGCUUGCCCUGCUGGCUAUUUCUGUCCCCACUCAGCCACUGUCAACCCCAGAGUGUGUGGAGCUGGCAGCUACUCUGACGAGGGCUCUGCAGAGUGUUCGCCAUGCCUGCAGGGCCACUACUGCAGUAAUGAGACCACGAGUGAGGAAGCCAUGUUAAGCGUCAUGGUGUGUCCCCCAGGCUUUCUCUGCUCUCAGGGUUUGGCCCGAGACCCCCAGCGCUCAGCCACCCUCUGUCCUCGAGGCUUCUACUGCCCUGGAGGAGGCAUUGAUCCCAACCCCAUUCCUUGCCCCAAUGGUACCUACAGUGAAUCUCCUGGUCUGCGUGACGCCGGCGAGUGUGUCCAGUGUCCGGAGGGGAAGUACUGUUACUCCCAGCGGCCUCAGGAGCAGCCUAUUACCAGGCCUACGGGUGUGUGUCCUCAUGGUCACUAUUGCCCCAGGGGGACUGGCUACCCUCACACCUUCCCCUGUCAGGCUGGCAAAUAUAGGAACAACACACUUGGUCACAGUGGAGAGGCAUGUGUUUUAUGUCCAUUGAGGCAUUACUGCGACAGACCGGGAACUCACAUGCCCUUAGUCUGUCCUCAGGGUUUCUACUGUCCGGAGGGCACUUCUACUCCCGAACCGUGUCCUGAAGGAACCUACAGCUCCCACUCAGCUCUCAGUGAUGGGUCAGAGUGCUCCCCUUGUGACGGAGGCCAGUAUUGCACCAGCGUGGGACUCUCAGAGCCCUCUGGAAGCUGCAAAGAGCGCUUCUACUGUAGAGAGAGAGCCACGUCUGCAGUACGAAAAUCCUAUUUGAAUCACUUAUUAAAUUGA